AUUCCUUUUCAAAUGAAGAAACUAACAGAGAGGAACCGGACACAAAUAAUGAAAAUCUGAACAGAACACCAGCAGAAGAAAGUUUAGACCUGACAGGGUCAAUGGAGGCAUCCACCCCCCAGAGUACAGGUAGUGACAGGUCACAAGUUGAGUCUGGUCAUCAUCAACUGAAGAUGGAUCCAGUUGAACGUUAUGGAGGAUAUGAAAGCGGCAGACAGCCAGAAAAGAAUCAGUCAUUGCAUUGGUGCGAGGUUAAAGAGGAGGCUGAAGAAUGUGCAAUUCAGCAGAGCCAAAGGUCAUCUGUGUCACUACGAGUUGAAUCAUCCCAGGUGCUGCCUUCACCAGUACUAGUCAAAGAGGAGUCUGAAGAAACCUCCCUUCAGCCAGAAGAUAAAGAGAAAUCCUUAAUUACUGUGAAGAAGGAAGAGAAUGAAGACUGGUUAAAGUCAGAUGAUGAGGAUGUUGUGAAAGUGACUGUGCCUUGGGAGGCAUUGGAAACAUCACCAACAUCAUCAGGCUCAGAUACAGAGGACAGUGAGAUGGAAGGUGAUGCAGUCCAGGUUGCAGCAAGCAGCAACAAAAAGAAGCGCUGCGAAGUGUGUGGACCCAAGAAGGACAGAAAAACACAAUAUACAUGCAUCAAGUGCAAGAAGAAUGUGAAAACCAUGGGUGUGUGAUUGAAGAUUGCAGCAGGACUUCAUUGGAUCCAGGGUCAACAGGGGAUGCAGAUGACAAAGCUAAUCCUGUUGAUAUACGUAACUCUAAAGGGGUUUCUUCCUUCUACCUGUGCCCCCAUUGUACCCUUGGAUUCACCAUAGAACGCUUUUUCCAUGGUCACCUUAAGAG